CCGCCCCCUUUCCCGUCGCCCGCCGGACAGCCGGCGGCCCAGUUGUUGGAAACGGAGAGGAGUUGUUCGCAUCCCCGACGCCGUCCCAAGGCGGGUCCUUCCUUUGCUUUAAGAUUUAGGAACUAGGAAGUUGAAGAACUCCAUCUCGCCCCUCUGGUUCCUCAGGCUGAGCCCGGUUAAGGCGCCGGGUUUGAGUCACGUGGAGGGAAAGAUGGCUGCCGUCUGAGGGCUUUCAGACCUUGGCCUGAGGGGUGCCCACUGGGGACCCAGAAACACAGAAGCUCUUCCAGCACCGGCCCGAUGGUGACGGAGAAGGAGGUGGAGGCCAUUGGGCGGACCCUGGUGGAUGCCCGGCAGCCCCUGCAGGCUCGCUUCCGAGCCCUCUUCACCCUGAGGGGCCUGGGAGGUUCGGGAGCUAUUACCUGGAUCAGUCGGGCCUUUGGAGAUGAGUCUGUGCUGCUCAAGCAUGAGCUGGCCUAUUGCCUGGGGCAGAUGCAGGACCCACGUGCCAUCCCCGUGCUGGUGGAGGUUCUAAAGGACACCGGCCAGGAGCCCAUGGUGCGGCAUGAGGCCGGAGAGGCCUUGGGAGCCAUUGGGAACCUAGAAGUGUUGGAGCUGUUGAAACAAUAUGCCAAAGAUCCUGUCAUUGAGGUUGCCGAGACAUGUCAGCUGGCUGUGCGGCGGCUGGAGUGGCUGCAACAGAAUCAGGAGGUUCCUGGCGUCAACCCCUACCUGUCGGUGGACCCAGCACCCCCGGCUGAGGAAAAGGACAUAGGGCGGCUGCGGGCAACCCUACUGGAUGAAUCCCAGUCCCUUUUUGACCGCUACCAGGCCAUGUUCGCCCUACGCAAUGCCGGGACUGAAGAGGCUGUGCUGGCCCUGGCAGCGGGUUUGUGCUGCGGGAGCGCCCUGUUCCGCCACGAGAUUGGCUACGUGCUCGGCCAACUGCAGCACGAGGCCUGUGUGCCUCACCUGACGGCAGCCCUGGCCAGCCAGACCGAAAACCCCAUGACUGGGCUUUCGGCCCGAAGCCAGACCAGUUGGACGCCCCUCCAGAGCCGGUGUUGAGAAAAAGCCUUGGGGGUGAGGACCUGGAGGAGAUGGAGCUGGUGCUGGAACUGGACUGGAGAGAAGAGACGAUGACCAGUGGAGGAGCUGACCCAGGUGGUGAAGCCAUCUCCCGCAGCCUGGACUCCAGCUGCCAGCUCGGGCCCCUACCCUGGCUCUCUCACCCUUUGCCCCCAUUGCCCAUCUAGCCCCUUCAAGGACCCUGCUGGCACUUGUCGGGGUAGUACCAGGAGAGAGCCCACGCGGAGCCAGUGUGUCAACCACAACCUUGCCCCCAGGCCCCAAAAGCUGGACUGGGACGGCCCUUCCCUCUAAAACCUGCCUGUUCUCAGUUCCCCCCUCCCCUCACCUGCCUGUGCCCAGAGGUGGCAAUCCCUCCCCGGGCUGAAGUCCAGCUGCCCCCUGGCCUGGCUAGAGCCGGCCUUUGGGGCCCCGGGAGAUUCUUGCUUUGGGCUUCUGAGCGGGGCUGGUGCCACACGAUGGGGGACCAGAAGGGAUGCAAAUGUACAAAAAGUAGAUGUCUUGACUGCCGGAAGUCGUCGGUACCUUGACCAAGCUGUCCGUCACGUUCAGGGCACAUUUUCUGCUGGAUCCCUACCGCUUGCUCGGUUUGGUGGCCCCUGCUCUAUCCUCAGGAGCCUGACUGGCUGCCGCCCUGGGCUUAUGGCCCCCGGGAUUCAAAGAUUAAGCAAGGCCUUCAGCUGUGGAAGGCCCAGUGGUGUUUUUCUUGUGGCUGGCCAGGGCAGAUCCACCUUCACCCAUGGAGUGGCUCCUAUCCAAUCUGCAGUCCCAUUCCAAUCCCUGGAGGACCUCUCCCUCUACCCACCCCGUAAGAGUUUCUGCCCCAGGCCCAGUCCAUCUGUGCCACGCAUUAGCGAUGUUCAGUGCUGAUUCUCCAACAGGCUCUCCCUCAGACUGCUCCUUCAGAGCCUGGGACCCCUGGAUGACAGGGUUUGGGGCCGCUAGAGGGGUCAACAGUCCCAGGAAGCUUGGGAGAGCCCAAUCCUGACCCCAAUCCCCACUACCCCUCUGCAGCCAAACCCUUUCCCAGCUCUGGCUUGGCCCAAACAGGGCCCUUCUUUGGUCUUGGCCCCUGCCCCGCCUUUCCAUACAAGUAGCCUCAUCCAGUUCUAGCUGCACCCAUUCCUUCACUUACCCUUGCACCUAGGACCCAAUCAACAAGUAAUGAUGCCGUAACUGCAGUUAACAGCAUUAUUGAGGAUAUACAGCACUGUACUCGGGGGUUUAUAAAAGUACAUUAGAAGUCCAAGAGGCGAUCCCUGCUCUUGAGGAGUGUACACAAUAACGGGAGCAUUUAUUGAUCGCUUAGCGUACGACGUGCCGGAGAGUGAUAUAAGUCCUUGGCCCCUAGAGGGCUCGCCACCUUUGUCUGGCACACAGACACCAAGGAAAAAGAUAAUAGGGUAAAUUCAAAAAAAGGCACCGUAAAAUGAUAAUCCUGCAGCACCUCACUUUCCAACCUUGGCUCCCACGGUUUCGGGCGGCCUCGUUCUUUAGCCUCUCUCCUCCCCUGCCCCCCCAUCCCCCUUCCCCCCACCACAGAGUCCCAUUGGAGGGGAGCAGCCUAGGGGCUGUGAAAUACCAGGUUUCAGAUGCAGUAGCUCAGAAUGCAACACUCCAAUGUCACCUCCUCUAGGCCUCCGCCCAAUCCCACCCACCCACAUAAACCGUAGCCCCUGGUACUCAUGCCCUUGAAGAUCGCUAGCAGUGCUAUACCCUAUUUGGGGCUGAAGCUUCAAAAAAUUCAGAAUCAAUAAAGGCAUUUAAUGCCGUC